AUGUCGCUGUUCUCUCCAAAGUGGCAUUCUGCCAAUACAAAUUUGGCAAAGAAUGUAGGAACAUUGAGACCAUUGGCAUUUUCUCGAUUUAUGAGUCAACAGCCCAUUAGAAUGCUAGAUAUCCCCUUUAUGAAUUGCUAUGUAGAGCCAAAGGAUGAAUACUCGGUAUUUACACACCCUUAUUUAAAGCUUCGUCAAUGGUGGAGGUCUUUUCGUUAUAGAAAUAUAAAUAUUUACAAGAGUCGGUAUUUUUUACGCCGAAAUUUUCCCGGUCGUGCUUUCAAUAUGAAUUCCAUAGUCGGAGAGGCUGUUCGUUUACACUCGUCAGUCAAUUGUGCUUUAGCUAGCCAUGAUAGUCAGGUUUUAGAAAAUAACUGCACUCUUCGUGCUUCCCAAAUUUUACGAAAUCAAUUAAAGCAACUACCGAAGUGUGAAUGGAAAGUUGAAAAACACCUAAGCUCUCCAAAAUUGCUGAAUUUAAGUUGUGCUCAAGCUGAUAUGCAAGGAAACGAAUUUUUUAUUCAAGCUAUUGUUCGACUACAUACUCUGCAAUCAGUAAGUAUCGAUCAAGCAUCUCCUUCAUCGAAACGUUUAAAAGAAGAAAUAGAGAAUGUUGUUAUUCAACAAUGUUCUUGGAUCCCUCCUGUACGCUGGCAAUUUUGGGGUCUUGUCUCCUCCACGGCAGCAAACGCAGUAAAAAAGAAACUUCCUGAUGGACAAACGGCUUUUGUUGAACUAAAAAUAAGCCAUCGUCAAUGA